GCCGGCAGUGUUUCACGAGGACCUUCUGACUAUUUUUUUGACUUCGAGCCUGGCUGUACAAUGUGCAAUGCUGCGCCAGCUGGUACGCAGAACGGCCAUCUUCUACCCCAGAAGCUUCAGCAAUUCCUUCAGCACUUUACACCAACCUCACGGAAUUCACUGCCAAAUAUAUCUACCGAGUCUCAUCCAGGCUGAGUCUCGAACGAGGACAAGACCACCAUCACAUAAAACUACUCCUCUAGUUUGCCACGCCUUCGGAAAAUGCGAGUUUCAUUCCUCACCGUCUAGUAGAGGUCUACCAUUUUUUCUAGCAGUCUUCAAGUUCAGGCAUCAACGGCUUUGGAACUUGCGCGUACUGCAGGACGAAUCGCGCUCACUUUCGUGCCUUUUGUUCUACUCAAGAACCACAAGUCGCGCCGGUACCUGCAACAUGCUGAACUUAUUGGGAAUCCUGCUUCGGAGGAGAAGAAAACGCAGGUUUUGAAGAGUAUUCGAACGCGAACUGUGAUAUUUCAUAUCUUGCUUCUUAUACCUGCUGCUCUGUUUUGGGCCACGAUCGUUGCUAGUAUGGAGAGAACACCCCUUACUGGAAGAUGGAGACUCAUCAUUCUUUCCCCUGAGGAAGAAGAGGAAAUAGCUACACAGCUGGCAGGUCCAGGGUGGUACAACGCUGUUUCAGAUAUUCUGGCUCAAGAUGGACCAGUGCGCCUGUUAUCCAUGGACGACCGGAGGUAUAUCUGGGUCAGAGAUACAUUACGGCAACUUGAAUCCACCAUCCCAAUCCUUAUCCGGGAACGUGAGCUGUGUCCCGAGUGGCUAGCCAGCUCACCUCAGGAUCGUCCGUUACCGCCCCCUGCUGAAUAUCCUUUACGACCGCGCCCUCGAGCGUCAGAAUAUCUCAGAUCAUUCUGUGAAGCAAUGUGCGAGCGCCAUCAUACGCCUGUCCCACAUUCUAUACCAGGUCCGCCCUACAAUCUACUUGUUGUGGACAGGCCCGAAGCGCUGAACGCAUUUUCAUACGGCUUCGGGCCUAACGGCGGGGGUGGCAUAGUAGUUUAUUCCGGUUUUCUGGACGACAUCAUAUCCAGAAUUCCCCCAGAAAAAACGACCGUAACACAACCCAAAUCUUGGUGGUCCCGACUUUUUGGUUCCAUUUUUUCACCCAGAUAUUCUCCCCCACAUCCAGUUCCUGGGAAAGAACAAACCUCUGAAUUAGCCAUCCUUCUCGCUCAUGAACUGGCGCAUCUUAUUUUAUCACACCAUUUGGAAACACUUUCUUCUGGCACGGUUAUGAUUCCGGGUACUCUUUCGGUCAUCUCUGAUGUUUUACGAGUUCUCAUUUUCCCCAUCACGAUGAUAUUUGGGCCAUUCGUCAAUGACGCAAUUGCACAGCUCGGCAAGAUGGGCUCUGGGGAACUCGUCAAGGUUGGCGAGUAUUGUACGAGCAUGAAGCAGGAAAUCGAAGCUGAUAUCGUUUCCGCGAGAUUACUCGCACACGCAGGCUUUGAUGCUCGCGAUGCGAUAUCAUUCUGGGAACAACGGGCUCUAUCCGUGACAGAAUGCGCCCAUGCUGAACCUAUGGAACCAAACUACUCAGGAGACAAACUCACCAAGUCCGAAGGUUUGGCGCGGAGCAUCAUGGGUUCAGCUCAUCCUGUCAACGAAAUACGAGUGGGCAAGCUCAAAUCAGAACUCGUGAGAUGGGAGACGGAGAGAAGAGCCGCGUUUUUACGACUUCAAAAUGGGACACAGGAAAGUUCUGUUACUCUCGCUACUGCGUGAUCAUCUGAAGAUCUGGAUGGAUGGUUCCCUCUCAAUCAUAGAUGCUACUAUCUCUUUUAACCCCGGAUAAGUAAGACUCCGAGCAUCACUCGUUUGGCUUUCGAUGUUAUCUAAAUUAAAAUUAUUGUACUCGUAUAACUCGUGGAUAACUCUUUGUGUAAUCUUAACUAGCAACUCCUCUCGUUUUUAUUUGACCUGCACAUUGGUCAUUGAAAAUCAAGCAGAUGUAACAUCUCCCAAGGCGAUAUUGUUAAU